AGCCUUGAGGAGUUCUGGGGAGCGGUGGUGUUGGCCGCCGCGGACAACGUUGCGUGGCCCUGAGGAGCGGCAACGUUGCGUCCCCGCCGAGGCACACUGUAAACAAACACAAUGGCGGAGGACCUGGGCCAGAGCCUGCACACCUAUAAAGUUCAGCUUGAGCAGGUUGAAGCUGCCUUGACUUCAGACCCAACAAAUGCUGAAUUGCUGAAACUUAAGGGAGACCUGUUGGAAGUCAUCACUCUCACAGACAACUUAAUUGACACACAAGGAAGUUCCUCGGCGGGAGCAGGGUCAAACAGUGAAGGCAGCAGCAAGGAGCCCGGAGCUGUGAGAACAUGGAAGGUUGGGGACAAGUGCAUGGCCGUGUGGUCUGAGGACUCCCAGUGGUAUGAUGCAGUAAUUGAUGCCAUAACAGAUGAUGGCUUGGUGGCAAUCACUUUUGAUGGCUUUGGGAACUCUGACGUGACAAAGUUGUCAGCGCUGAAGGAUCGAAUCCCUGGCGAGAAAAGGGGCCUCCACCGUCCAGGGUUUGGUGACUCUGAUAAGAACAAGAAAAAGGUGGUGGAAGCACAGCGACAGCAAGCCAAGAAAAGGAAGCAGCGCAAACAUGACAGGCAAAAGCAGAUAGAAGAAGCUCAUGAGGCAGACAAGGCAAAGUGGCUGGCAUUCUCAACCAAAGUUAGAUUUACAAAGAAGCUGAAAGGUGUCACAAAGAAAUCUAUAUUCGCCACUCCUGAUGCAGCUAAUGGCAGAGUUGGCAUUGGAACUUGUGGUAUAGGAGGAAAGCCAAUGACAGAGUACACUCAUGCUGAAAAGUGGAGGAAAGGAACAUAAAUGGUGUUUAUUGGCAGUCCAUAUUACAAUAAGAUAUUAACCAUGUGCAAGUUUAAUUUUGACAUCUCUGUGAAGGACCUUAUGUUUUCAUAAACAACAUUGUUCAGUCCUUUGGAAAAGUAUUUUUGAAAUGUAACUGUUUACUUUUUAGUAUUCAUUUAUAUCAAAUGUAUCUGGGCAAGUUUGUAUUGUGUGUGUGUGAUGAGUGAUUCCAAAGGAACACUGCUGAACACAAGCCUCCUUCUAAAAGCAACUGUCUUCAGGGACAAGUACUGAGCUAGGUCAUGGAAAUCAAUACAGAACUUGGCAUAUGGAUACUUCUUUGUUAUUGAUAUUCAUCCACAUUGUAUUUUAGUCCGUGUCCCAAAUUUUAUAUUUCACACACUCAUCCUUAGCUCUUUUUCAUGUCAGUAUAAUUAUGACUAGCUCUGUAUUACUAUACCUCCUCAUAUUGUACAAACUGGAAAGUUAUCAUAUUUUUUUUACGGUUGUAUUCUAACAGACAUUUUGAAUAAUUGCUUGCAGGCUCUAAAUUUCAAUUGUUUUCACUACAUUUUACUUCUCAUUGUAUUCCUUUUGGCUGGGUUUACAGUAAUGCAUAAAUAAUAUGAAUUAUAUCCUAACAGUCAUGUGUUAAAAUCAUUGAUACAUUGGUGACUUUUCAUGUAAAAAAAACUGGUUAGAUUUUAUAAGUACUCUCUAGAAGUGGUCUUGCAUAAUGAAGUGUAGAUGGUUAUUAAGGACCUGUUAGAAGCCUCGGUGUGAGAUUACGUUACUUCCUUACCCUUAUAGAUGUAUGACUGCUCCAGGAAAUUUUAUGGCAUGCCAACCUGCCAUAUACUGAAUUCUCAGUUGUCUGUAAAGGUGAAUAAAUGGGAAUAUUUACUAAUAUAGUAAUUAUUGUACAAAUAGAUGUUUGGUGUAUUUCCCAUUAAUACCAUUUGACCUAUCCCAUGAAUAAAAGUUUACUUAAU